GGAUCGCAUCCGCGCGCCGAUCCUCGGCGUCUGUGGCGAGCUUGAGAGUUCAUUUCCUUGUUUCUGUACAUCCACUACCAGCGAGGGGCGUGUAUAGCUCUUCGGCUCGGUUCCCCUCAGGUUCUGCAGCAAGAUCGGUACGACGCAUUUGCACCUCGACAAUCAGCGCCUACGGUCGUCGAUUACCAUGGACUAUAUUCUAGAACGUCGAGCGGUAGCGCAGCAAGUCAUCUGCUCAGGGCGGGCACCGACAUUAGCGGAUACCUUGCUCUCUUGGAAGAUCGCUGUCUUAUGGACGCUGGGCGACCUCGUCGACUUCGCCGCGCGGAAGGCUGCCGACGUGGGACUCCGAUCGCCCACCGAACUCGCUCUUCCGCUUCAUGGCUAUGGUGGUCUCUGGCUGCUGGGAAACGGCGAGCAGAUGCGCUUCCUUGCUGCUUUAAGGGUGGCUGCCGCAGGGCAUAUAGCGACGGGGCUUGCGCUCUCCGGCGACGACGGCCUGUUCACGCACAACACACUUCUGGUCGCCCACAACUCUAUAGACUACCCUCGCAUGCGCUCUGCUGUUGAGUUGACCAGUCAAGACACCCAUGUGCUCGCCAACGCAUCCAUACCCAACGGAACCAGAAAGCUGGACCUCAUACACUCAGGAAUGGGUUUUGUUGAUGUGUGGCUGGAUGAAUCUGCCGUCGUCUUGCCGUCAACCGAUGGGCUCGUCACCACACUGUCCGUGCAGCCUGGGGCUCUGGCGGUACCGAACCUUGUAGCCGCGCCGGGCGGGAAUGUCACUCAUCAUCAGAACUACAGCUUCGAAAAGCUGCCUACGAUGGGGCCCGCAGUACUUGACGUCGCGGUCUUCGAUGCACAACACGCUAUCCGCGCUCCUUUGAGCUCCGAUCCUCAGCCGGUCAUAUACUACGCCGAGUUCACUCCUUCUCAGCUUGUCUUCUUACUCUCCGUGAUCGCAAUAUUCCUAUAUGGGCUGAUUUGCAUGGCGCAGAAGAUCUUCAAGCUCGCCUGUUCGCUCUCCGCUUCGCUCGCGCUCACGGCACAAGCCCUUAUCUAUUGGCUCUUUAGCCUCGACUAUCUCGCUCCCUUACAUCGAACUACUAUCGUUUCUCGGCAACGCGCAGUCUGUCGCCUCCUUGCCUCCGCUUCCGCAGGCUCUCUUGGUGACCUAUCGCGCACGUCUUCCGCAUUAUCCAGCUCUACGUCCGACACGUCCAGCGUCCCAUCGAUCCGACGCACUUCUUUCGAUGUCGACCCCGACGCUUACGUGCUCAGGCUCCUCGACUUCGAACUGUUGCCCUUCCACGGCGAAGAUUUGAUUGUGGCACCCCUUGUAGCAGGCGAUUGCACGCCCGUCAUCGUUCAAGGCGAUGGUGACGAUGAACGUGCUAGCGACAUUGGUUGCACUGCCGAAGCUAUCCUCGCAAGCGAUUCGCGUAAGAAGAAUAUGGUAACCUCGCAGAGCCAGGAGAAGGCGCCACAGCUCUCGAUUCUCGCGACGGAUGUUUGCGUCGCGGAUAACCCUGUUAUCCAGCCGACAACUGCCGCCAUGCUGGCAUUCGAGCAAGACGCCUUUCAGAAAUCGCCCAAACUGAGCCUGUUUGAGCGCUUCAGCGUUCCGAGCAUUCCGACCAAAGCAAGAGGCGCUCUUCCGUGGUCGCUGAGGCGGAGGUACAGCGUGAAAGAAGGUGCUCCGGCGCCCCUGGACUCGUCGCGGGCGAAGGGCGAACGCUUCGGCAGGUUGCGGGCGUUGUUGAAGUUCGGUGACGGUCCGGGGUCGGAAGAGCGUGACGACUAUACAAGAGAAGGCGAUGCUGCUAGGGCGCGGGGUGGAGGGACUGGAUAUGGUCAGGCGCCGGGGUGGGGAUCUCUUGAACUCCACAUACGUGCAGCAUGAGGACGGCCAGUCUUCCCCGAAUGGGACUGAGAUUCGAGUAUUCAGUGACGAACAAAGGGUACGAACGGGUUCUGCGGAGGCCUCUACAUGUACACACUAUCUACUACCUGUUCUCAGCACACACUAGAGAGAGGUCACCUAGGCCUAUAGAGUUUAUAUGGGUUCCGGGAUGAAUGGGAAUUAUUUCAGACGCUUCUACGGUUA